UGCUAGAUGGGAAACAAGCGCUGAGUAUCGAGCCAUUGAAACUUAACUUACCAAAAUCAUUUGUUUUGGCGUGUGUUGCUACUGCGUUGGUGUGUUCGAUGGUUGGAUGCUAUAUUGCACAACGUACCGGAUGUUUGCUGCAUCGUUGGUCCUCGACAAACUUACUACAGCCUAGCUAAACGACAGCAGAUAUCUAUCUGGUUGACAGUUGCUCCAAUACAACUGUCUUCCUACUCCCCACCUUUGUUGGCGUUUGAAUGCUCUUGCCCUGCUUCAAUCCUGUUCCUUUAUUGCCCGUCAUGGCAGCAACCAACCUCAUCAUCGCGCUUGUUUUCGCAGGCGUCUUCGGCGCAGCCUUGAUCUACGUCGCCCUUUGGUUCAUUCAUCGCUACAUCCAUCAGAGCUGCUGUGAAAUUGAGCAUUGGUGUCACACACUCUUUUCAAGCCAAGCAAGGCCACCGCCAUGUGUACACAUCGGAAAAGGGGAGCAGCGAGAGCCGCCGAGGCACCAGUCGAGAUCCACGAAGAGGGAGAGAGAAAGACCUGAGGGAUCGCAGACCAGGAAGUACUACGAGCACCGAGAUGGAGAGAGCCACGCUGCUCGUAAUGCGGAUGCAGGCUGGGCGAGGCCGAUGCUACAAUUCAAUAGCUCUACGCAGCCACAGCAGCAACAGUCAUACGGACAGUUAUACUAUCCUUCGCUCGAACAGAAACAGUGGCCUAGUGUGAACCAAGUCGAUUACCCGUCGCGAAUACAGCAACAGAUCCCAGUGCCAUGGCAGACUCAAGGGGUGGCUCAUAUGCCACCUUUCGCUAUGCCUACAGCGGUACCGCAACAACUGUUUCCGCAAAUGACGGCAAGGAUGCCUGAACCUCAGCACCCAACUCAGUAUCCGCCUCAGUGUCAACCCCGAGAGCAACCUAACUAUCGACAGACCUACACGGAGACGAUGAGUUCGGAUAUACCCAAAGCCAGCCAGCCCCGGACCCCUCCAUUGAAGCCGAAGUCUGCCGCUAGACGUGCACGUCGAGUCGAGAGAGUAGAUUUUAUCCACAUUUGUGAUGAGUAUCCACCUAUCGUGUUGGAGGCGCUGAAGAAGGCAGCCCCUCAGUCAUCGUCAUCGUCCUCAUCAAGCUCCAGUGACACAUCGGGCACCACGCAAGAAGUUCCACGGGUAUCGAUACCGCGAGCGACGCCUGGUUUCGCGGACACGUUGCCGUUCGAGUUCCCGCAAUAUCCGCAUACGGCAACGAGAGCUUGGAAUACUCCUAGAUCAUAUCCUCGACAAUGGAAUCGCGACACGAUGGGGGUUGAUGGGCCGGAUACUUCAGCCAGGUACGCACCUUUUACGCCGAUGAGCGGGUAUGCAGCGAGGCCAUUGGGGUUGUACACGAAUAGGAGGCGUUCAGCACCGAGUAAUGCUCACCCUUAUUCCGCUGCUCGUUCGUAGACUGGAGGUUACUGUUCAUGAAAUGUAUGCUGACAUUUGUUGUAGAGUCUAGCGUUGCGAGGUCUCGCUCGUACGAGCGGUGGAGACAGCGGACGACAAGUCCGAGAGACAGCGGACCAAGGAAGGACCAACCUGGAGGAGAAGCACAUGCUGUGAGAAGAACGAACACGAAGCUAAACGAAGACACACGCCAGGGGAACGAGAGGGAACGGGUCGUUACUAGUGUCCGAGAUGAGUUCG